AUGGCUGACGACGGCAGCAGCGGCCCCCACCCUGUGGAUCAACCACCCGAAGCACCCCUCGAGUCGCCUCAGGUGCCUGGAGACGGUUUCGAUUCCUUUGAGGAGCUCUUCGAGUACAUCAAUCAGUGGGCGAAGCCCCGUGGCUAUGCCAUUAUCAUCCUCCGAUCUAGCGACCGUCAAGACGGGAGACCUCGCCGAUACGACCUCUGUUGCGACAUUGGCGGCCCCCAUCAUGACUCCUCCUCUACAGGGCUUCGCAAGGCCAGCAGCAAGAAACGAGACUGCCCCUGGCUCGCGAAGGCAGUUCAGCGCAAGCUCCUCGGCGACCGAUGGUAUUUCGAGGUCCGCAGCGACCACCACAACCACGAGCCAUCUCUUGACCCUUCGGCCCACACUGCCCAUCGCAAGAGGGCCUGGACUAAAGAGCAGAAGGAAGAGAUCCGCCAGGUGUUCAAGACAACGACUUCUGGAUCACGUGAUGUCGCUUCAUUUAUGCGCGAAAAGUACCCCAGCCAAAUUUGGACACGACGAGAUAUCGAGAACGAGAUGAGCAAAGCGAAGGCCGAGGCCCUUGGUGGCUAUACCCCUACACAAGCCCUCCUCAAGCACUUUACCGACACUGGAUCAAACACCGCGUUCGCCAACUUCAAGGUCGUGUCGUUGCUCUUGUUUGGACCUACCCCUUUUAUGCCCUUCCUCAACGUCACUGGCAUCACGAAUAUCCAUACAACUUUCAAUGUCGCCUUUGGGGUGGUCAACAAAGAGGACGAGGACGUAUACCAGUGGCUUAUCCAGAUGCUGGAUGAGCUCCGAGAGGAUGCUGGUGCCUGCCGACCUUCUGUCACCAUUACCGACUUCGAACGAGCCCUCAAGAACGCCCUGAGCAACGUCUAG